AUGUCCCCUCACGCCUCGGAGAGAAGGGGUACCCCAGGCCGGGACUCCAUCAGGGGCUCUCCUGGGCCCCACGUGGUCCAUGUGCUCUUAGGCCAGGCUGACCUGGGCAGGGCUGGGGAUGACCUGAAGGGACUGGACGUGCUGGGGGCUACCUUCACUGUCUCCGGGCCUAGGGAAAGCCCCGCCAGGCUACGGCUCCCCCAGUGGCCUGGGAGCAGGAUUUGGGAACGGGAAUGGGCUGGGAGCCCAGCCAGGCACUGGAGGGGGUGUGAAACCCCAGAAGCCAGGAGUUGGAGAGGGCGUGAAACCUCAAAAGCCAGGAUUCGGCAAUGGGAAUGGGAUGGGAGUCGGAGCCCAGCCAGGCUUUGGAGGGGGCGGAAAACCAAAGAAGCCAGGAUUCAGGAAUGGGAAUGGGCUGGGAGGUGGCGCCUUCCCGGGAGUAGGAGCCCAACCAGGUCUUGCAACUCAAAAUGGCUACAGACCAGGCUUUGGAGGGGGUAUGAAGCCUCAGAAGCCAGGAUUCAGGAGCGGCAACAGGUUGGGAGCCCAGCCAGGCCUAGUGACCCAGAACGGAUAUGGAGCAGGCUUUGGGGGGGGCAUGAAGCGCCAGAAGCCAGGCCCUGCGGUUCCCGUGGGCUACGGACCAGGCAUUGGCCCUGGCACAGAGCCCGUCGGAAGCCUUGGAAUUUCCUGAGUGAGGAGAGCUGUAGAGGUGUCUUUUAUUAUGUUAAUGAGUUUACAGGAAUGGGCUGGGAGCCGGAGCCUUCCCAGGCCAGGGGGCCCAGCCAGCCCUGGGAAGGGGCAUGAGCCCUUCAAAGCUAGGAUACACGCCAGGGCCAGGGCUGCAGCUCCCAGCAGCUCUGGGAGGGGGUGUGAAGCCUCGAAA